AGGGGAGCAGACAAACUUCAGUCUUGCCACGCGCUGGACCGAGAGAGCGUGACCGAGUCUGGACAGCACGCAUAAUGUCCCGUGAAACGCGGCGGAACGAGCGUCACUUUGUCCGUGAACUUUCAGAAGUGCUUGAGCUGGGAACGACUGGAGGACGCGCUACGGUUUCGCUUUUGAAGCAGCGUUUAAAGUGAUGGACGGCUGAAGUUUCAGUGCUUGCCGGCUCGCUGUUUGUUUUUGUUUUGACCGCUCAGCGCCCGGAGCAGACACCGAGACAGUGUUUUGUCUUGAAUUCACGCGUGAGGAAACUUACAGAAGAGAGAUUCGUUUGUGGAUUGAACGGCCACGCGUGAGAGCGCAUUUGCAGAGGUAUGGCCAUGAACGGUGAACGUCUGAGCACCUCUCUUCCCACACUGCAUCUCUGUUUUCAGCCAAAGACUGUCAGGAAGAUUUUUUGCCUCAUAUGUCUGAAUAUAACAGACUUCCUCACCUACUAAUGACUGUGUGGGGAUGUUUUGAGUCCGUUGCAUUACUAUGGCAUGUCACAUGAAGAUUGUGAUCUUACUGUGGUGCCAGCUAGUGAAGGUUGGGUCCUCACUGGACAUUGGCGCAUAUGAUAGCGAGCGGGGCAGGCCGGCAAAAUGCGAGCCCAUCACCAUCCCCAUGUGCCAAGGGAUCGGCUACAACAUGACACGCAUGCCCAACUUCAUGAAAUAUGAAAGUCAGGAAGAGGCCAGUAUUAAGCUCAGUGAGUUUGCCCCUCUGGUGGAGUAUGGCUGUGAUCCACACCUCCGCUUUUUCUUGUGCUCCCUUUACGUCCCCAUGUGUACGGAUCAGGUGUCCACCACUAUUCCGGCAUGCCGUCCUAUGUGUGAGCAGGCACGGCAAAAGUGUUCUCCCGUUCUGGAACGGUUCAGUUUUAGCUGGCCAGACUCCUUGGACUGUUCAAGGUUGCCGACUAACAAUGACCCUAAUGCUCUCUGCAUGGAGGCUCCGGAGAACGACACUGUGCCUGAGACUAAGAAAGGGGAGGGCAUGCUGCCUGUUCCUGCCCGACCCAGACAGCCUGGGAUAGGGAACGGGCAACAGUUCAGCACCUCUCGGUCCUGUGAUAACCAGGAGAAGUUCCAGUAUGUGGAGAAGAGUGAAACAUGCGCCCCACGGUGCUCCCCCACAGUGGAUGUCUUCUGGUCCAGGCAAGAUAAGGACUUUGCCUUCAUCUGGAUGGUCGUGUGGUCCACCCUCUGCUUCAUCUCCACUGCCUUUACAGUCCUCACCUUCCUGCUGGACCCCCAGCGCUUCCAGUACCCUGAGCGGCCCAUCAUCUUCCUCUCUAUGUGCUAUAACGUGUACUCUGUGGCCUUCGUCAUUCGCUCUGUGGCUGGUGCUGAGAACAUUGCGUGUGACCGGGAAAAUGGGCAGCUCUACAUUAUUCAAGAGGGCUUGGAGAGCACUGGAUGUACCAUAGUCUUCCUCAUCCUUUAUUACUUCGGCAUGGCCAGUUCAAUCUGGUGGGUCAUCCUCACACUCACAUGGUUCCUUGCAGCAGGUAGGAAAUGGGGCCAUGAAGCCAUUGAGGCCCACAGCAGCUACUUCCACAUGGUCGCCUGGGGCAUCCCUGCUAUGAAGACCAUAGUCAUCCUCACCAUGCGUAAGGUGGCAGGGGAUGAGUUGACUGGACUGUGCUAUGUGGGCAGUAUGGACACCAAUGCUCUAACAGGCUUUGUUCUUAUUCCCCUGUCCUGCUAUCUGAUCAUAGGCACCUCUUUCAUCCUCACCGGAUUUGUAGCACUUUUCCACAUCCGCAAAAUCAUGAAAACAGGAGGCACAAACACAGAGAAGCUGGAGAAGCUCAUGGUGAAGAUUGGGGUCUUCUCCAUCCUUUACACAGUCCCUGCCACCUGCGUGAUCAUUUGCUACUUUUACGAGAGACUCAACAUGGACUACUGGAGGCUCCAAGCUUUGGAGAGCAAAUGUGUCUCGUUUCCUGGGCGCAGGGCAGAAGACUGUACCCUGGACUCCUCUGUGCCCACAGUAGCCGUAUUCAUGCUGAAGAUAUUCAUGUCCCUAGUGGUGGGCAUCACCAGUGGGGUGUGGGUAUGGAGCUCAAAGACUCUUCAGACUUGGCAGGGCUUGUGCACUCGGAAGUUGUCAGUGCGGACAGCUCGGAAGCCCUGUCCUAGCGCCAACUGCGGCAGUUCCCACUGCCAUUACAAGGCAGCUGCGGCAGCGCUCCACUCGGCCAAAAUGGACCUGUACACGGACAGCCCCACGCGGGUCUGACAUGAGGGGGGCCUGCUUCAGUUCUUGGAUAAAACAAACUUUAUGACUCAAUGGGAUGCUCAGGGUGGACUACAGGUCAUGAAGUUGCUACACCUGUCAGUAGUAUCAUGUCUAAGCUUCUGUUCCAGAACAGAGACAUGCACACAUUUCAGUAAAGGGAAAGACUGUGUAGGAAUGUUGUGGAAGUUACAGCUGGAAUGUAAAUACGGAUAUUUGUGUGUUCUACCUUAACAAGCUGAAUAGGUUAUUUAUUAUGGCUAUUUAAAUGCUGCAGGUCCUAGAGGUUGUCACUGAAUGUGCUGUAUUGUACAAAAGAACAGAACCUGAGAAGAAUGGGGGGGUUCUGCCUUUUAUUAUUAUUAUUAUUAUUAUUAUUAUUAUUAUUAUUACUUCGGCAUAAUUAUUUCAUUAAGAUGUAAACAAAGUCAUUCAGGGUUUUCUUGCGUGCCCUUUUCUAGAGAAAUAGUAGUGAUAAGUGCCAGACAUCUGAAGAGUUUAAUGCCUCUAAAAGCUCCAUCACAGAGAGUUAUUACAUAUAAUGGUUAUGCAUAUGCUGCCUGAUGCUUUUUCAGGAGGUUUUGGGCUACAGCAUUGUAUAUUUUAUAAUUUAUUCAGGGAGGAGAGAUACAUCCAGGGUAUUGUAUUAAAA